AUGGUGGCCAGCCAAUGCCUGGCCAUGGGCAAUGGUUCGAUAAAAGCCCAACGGGCUGAGGAGAACAGCUGCCUGGCCUCCAUCCACACAGACCAUCCUGGCCUGGACACAGAUAUCCUCAGGUUGCGGAUUACACACCUCGAGGCGGAGCUGGCACGUCGGGACCAAGAGUUCCGAGCGCAGGAGCUCCAGUUACAGCAUCUCCAAAGGGAUCUGGAUGCCAAGAUCUCCCAGAUCGACAAGCUCCAGGAUGCUAUUGGCUACAACAACAGCCUGCUCCACACUCCGCCACCCCUGUGCCACCGCAGCCACCACCGCUUCAGUGUCAUCAACCAGGGUCCCAAACGCUUCCACAGGGUGGCUGUGGAGGUCCACCGCAGGCUCAAGGCAAAAGAGGGCGUCUCUGCUGAACCCACCUCAGAGAACUUCUGUGGAGGGUUCAGAGCAGCACACAUCUCCAUCGCAAAGUCCGUACGCAAGGACUCACACACCAAGAAGCUCAUCAACGACGCCAUCAUGAACAAUGACUUUCUGAAGAGGCUGGAGCCACAGCACAUGAGGGAGAUGGUGGACUGUAUGUAUGAGAAGGUUUACACCGAGGGACAGCUGGUCAUCCAGGAGGGGGAACCUGGAAACUACCUCUAUGUACUGGCAGAUGGCUUGCUGGAGGUCAUUCAGAAUGGGAAGCUGCUGGGGAAGAUGCAUCCUGGCACAGCAUUUGGAGAACUGGCCAUACUGUACAACUGCAAGAGAACAGCCACAGUCAAAGCUGUGUCCCAGUCUCAUAUCUGGGCUCUGGACCGCCAGACUUUCCAGACCAUCAUGAUGCGGACCAUACAGGCCAGACAUGAGGAGUACUUCAGCUUUCUGCGCAGUGUGUCUCUGCUCCAAGGACUGCCAGAGGAGAAACUAGCCAAGGUUGUUGAUUGUCUUGAAGUGGACUAUUUUGAAAAAGGGGAAUAUAUCAUUCGAGAGGGUGAAGAAGGGAACACUUUCUUUAUCAUUGCAAAAGGAGAGGUCAUAGUCACUCAGAGCACGGAGGGCUUCGCUGAACCACAGGAAAUCAAGACAUUGGGAGCUGGAGACUACUUUGGAGAGAAAGCUCUCAUCAGUGAGGAUGUCCGCUCAGCCAACAUCGUCUGCAAUGAGAACGACACACACUGCCUGGUGGUGGACAGAGACAACUUCAACCAAAUGGUGGGAACUUAUGAGGAACUUCAGGCUUACCUGAAGGAAUACGUGGAAGAGCUCUCCAGGAGUGAUGAGAUGAGGAAUGUCCUGCCCCACUCACCUCAGAUUGACUCUGCAGAGGCCCAGGAGCUGAGGAGGCUGAGGGAGAAGAUUUCUCUCCUGCCUUUCCAGGAGCUCGAGGUCAUAGCUACACUGGGCAUGGGAGGAUUUGGACGAGUGGAGCUGGUAAAGCUGAAGGAUGAGGACACCACGUUUGCUCUGAAGUGCAUCAAGAAGAAGCACAUUGUAGACACCAGACAGCAGGAGCACAUCUACUCUGAGAAAAACAUCCUUCAGCAAACAAACUCAGCGUUUAUCAUCAGGUUAUUCCAAACAUUUCGGGAUGAUAAGUUUGUCUACAUGCUGCUGGAGGCGUGUCUCGGUGGAGAGCUGUGGACUGUGCUGAGGGACAUGAGUUAUUUUGAUGAGCCCACAGCCAGGUUCUGUACUGGUUGUGUCUUAGAGGCCUUUGAUUACCUCCACACUAUGGGCAUCGUCUACAGAGACCUGAAGCCUGAAAACCUACUACUGGAUGCUGAGGGUUAUGUCAAAAUGGCAGAUUUUGGCUUUGCUAAAAAGAUCGGCCUUGGAAAGAAGACCUGGACAUUCUGUGGGACUCCAGAGUAUGUGGCCCCGGAAGUCAUCAUGAACAAAGGCCAUGACUUUGGAGCUGAUUGCUGGUCUUUAGGAAUCCUCGUAUUUGAACUUCUCACUGGCAACCCUCCCUUUGCUGGCUCAGACCCCAUAAAGAUUUACACCAUGGUCCUCCAUGGCAUUGAGAAGGUGGACUUCCCUAAGAGAAUAGGGAAGCGUCCAGACGACCUCAUCAGGAGACUCUGCAAGCUAAGUCCAGUGGAGAGGCUGGGAAACAAAAAGAACGGCAUCAUUGACAUCAAGAAACACAAGUGGUUCCAGGGCUUCAACUGGGAGGGUUUGAGACGUCACAAGCUCCUGUCUCCAUUGAAGAGAGAGCUGAACGGGCCGACGGAUCACAGUCACUUUGACAUAUUUCCUCCUGACACGGAGGAGCCUCCGGAUGAGCUGUCUGGCUGGGAUAAAGACUUCUGAGGACUCUGAUCAUAUAUAUUUUAAGCACCAGCAGCAGUGGAUCUGGCUCAUGAAGCUACAGUGGGUUAGCAAGUACACUGUAUUCCAGAGAGUGUUGUAGUAGCCCGUUCCCUCCGCUCAGCCAUGAGCAACAUGAGGUGACUGUGUGAUUGAUAAAGCUUUACCCUUUACCACUGCAGGAACUCAACAGCCUGUGACAUCAGGCUUCUCAUAUCCUAAAUAAGGAAGUACUUCCCUGCAUUUUCACAGUAUUUUACAAACCACUACAUUUCAGAUAUAUGCCGUGAAAAGGCUAUGGAGGGACCAUGUACGUCAUUUUUAUGUUCUGUUUGCUAGCCGAGUGAAGUAACCAAUCUGGUUUAUAUGCCAACAAAGAAUUGAACACUGAACUCAUAAUAUUUUUUUCAUUUUGCUCUGCUGUGCGCAUUGUGAUCCUUUACGCUUCUGUUAUCUUGUUUCAUCUUUAGAAUUUGUUUUCCUGCACCGUUCAGCUGUGCGUCGAAUCACUGAGAAAUCUUCUUGUCUACCUUUUGGUUACAAACCUCUAAACUCCAGCUCCCUUUGAAUUACCUCCUUUCCCCAAAUACUUAAUGAGGACCUGGACAUGUUGGUUUUGUUCAACAAGCAUUCAUUACUGUUUAUUAUUUUUUCAAGUAUUGGUUUUCCUGGUCGAUACAGAUGCGGUAGUAAAAUGGUGGUUACUGUUUUAGUGUGUUUGUCAUAGUCACCUUUGUCACAUCGUCACAUCUGCUGUACCAAUCGUGAUCGACAGCACUGCGAGCAAACCCCUGAAAGUACCUGCGUAAAAGUACAUCUUUCUGAGCAGCGCCCAAAUUUAGUUCCAGGUCCCCAAAAGAGCUGAUACAAGAGCAGAAGCUGUGACGGUGGCUACAUGUUAGGUUAUGUUUCAUUAUGUCUGUGCAGUGAAAAAGGGCUAAAUGUGACAACACCAUACUGUAUCGCUGAAAGGUGAAAGGAAAUCGCAAUUCAGUCUGAUUAUCGAGCUACAGUUUUUAGAGUAUAAAUUGCAUAAAAUUGGGCAUCUUCCCCUAGCCGCACAUAGAGGCAUUCACACUGGUUUAAAUACACCCCACUAAGAUGAUCACUGGAUGACGAUGAAAGCCAAACAAUCACUGAUGAUCAAAUUCCGCUGAAAUCAUUGGAUUAUACCUGAGGGGUGGAGUCCCAGAGUGAUAUGUUACAACAUACUGUAUAAUUGUCUUCCUGCUUGAGCUAACUUUGGUAACACUUUAUAUUACAGCCUGCAGUUUACUGUGUCAUUUCGUUGUAUGACUUUAAGUGCCAAUAAAAUAAAGAAGUCCAGAAUAA